GCUCCGCCGGGCCCAGACCCGAGGCGAAGGCCGCGCUGUCUUGCGGCCGAGUGACCGCCGUGUUCGUGCCUUUAUUGCCCAACCAUAAAUGUUUUCCCCCAUAAUUUUGUUCUGCCCUAGAAUCAUGGAGUCAUUAAAGAUGGAAGAAGCCUUUAAGAUCUCUCCCUCCGACCGCGCUCCCGGCACUGCCACUGUAACCACUGAACCACAGCGCCCAGCGCCAGGGAUGGUGCCUCCACCGCCUCCCUGGGCAGCCCUUCCCAAGUAUUUUCACCAAACAAUGAAAAUACUUAAUCCGAAUCUCCCCUGUCUCAGCUUGAGGCCGUUCCCCCCGCUCCUCUGUAGGCCCAGCAGAAGAGCCCGAUCCCCAGCUCACAACAUUUCCCUUGGUUGUAGAGAGCAGUGAGGUGCCCCCGAGUCAUGCCUUUGUGCCUGUAUUUGUCCUCCCCAUGAUUGUGCUUUAUUGCCCAACCAUAAAUGCCUCCCCCUCAUAAUUUUGUUCUGUCGUUACGUUUGACUGUUUCCCCUGGAGCAGCUCUAAAAAUAGGGGCUGCCAUUAGAACCUAUAGGUUUUUGCACUUUCAAAACAGUGUAGUGACCAAUGAUUUAAAUCUGUACAGCAUAUACAAAAUUGAUUGGAUUCCAGGGUCUUGGUAUCUGAAAACACUGAAAAAUGCACAUACUGCACAGCUGGGCAAUUCUCAGGUUUCCAAGGAAAUUCCUCACAUCCCUCACGGGAUGUUUGCCAAUGACAAACUCUGACUACCUAUUUUAUAUGUUAUAGUUGAAGGGAUGCAUUUCAUGCCCUACAAAUUGAUGAUGCUGGUGCCAUGUGUUCAGCAUGGCACUGCCUAGAAGAGCUCUGCAUAUUUUUCAAGGCCAAACUUACCUGUUUGCAGUGACAUUUGCUAACCUACAUUCUUACAUAACGCUGUGCUUAGUAUGCUUUAUAAUCCUGUUUUCUCCUAACUUGUCCUGAAAGGAGAAGAAUUAGGUGGGUUUUCAUUUGAUGGUUCUAUUAAUUUAAUAGAAAAUUGCUAUGUUUCUCAGCAGUCAUGAGUUGGCUUUGCUAGAGUUAAACCCCUUUAGUAAGUACUUCUCUGCUGGAGCAAAGUUAGACACAAUUCUUUGAAGAAGGGGCCCCUUUGCAGCUGCCUCUGAGAUUAACAGUACUGGGCUUUUAAAAAACAAUAGUUUAACUUUGGCACCAAAAACCUUUGCUUGCCAUGCUAAAUAGAAGGGGUUAGGCUUUAUUUUCACAAGUUUAAAAUACUCAGUGUAGCUCUGAAGCCUGAGGUGGAAAAAAAAGCCUUCUAUUUUCUUUCCCUCAGGAAAAGAGUUAUGCAGAGAAUGUGUGAGCAGAUAAUAGACUAAUUCAAACCUUCAGACCAGAUGUCUUCAGAAUCACACUAUCGCUCAAAUUAAAGCAUAAACAAACAUUUGUGACUGACGUAGCUCCUUCAAAUAGGCAAAUGCCUCGGUCAGGGUUGCUCAUUUUGGGACAGACUGAGAGAAAGCAGAGUCAAAAUGAAGAAGUUUCUUGUGUUUGUCUCCUUUUUGGUCCUGCUGACCACUGUUACAGACACUUCACCAAUUUUGUCUGAAAAAGAUGCCAAACAGAUGCUGAGGACUCGUCGUGAAGAGAGACCAAGAAAAGCUGGUUUCCCUGAUGAACCAAUGAGGGAGUAUAUGCUUUACCUCCAGCGCUUGGAGCAGAGAUCAGAAGAACAAUUCCUUGAACACUGGUUGAAUCCUCAUUGCCUCCCACACUGCAACAGGGACCUGGUGCACCCAAUCUAAGGGGUUUGCCUACUCUGCAACUGAUAUAUAUAUAUAUAUAUAUAUAUAUAUAUAUACAUGUGUUAAGGAGGACAAGAUUAUUCCUGCAUUGGCUACGUGCUCACUGUAGAGCAGAACCUCUCUGUAGUACAGUGCAAUCCUCAUGAUACAGCAGAACUCCCAGCUCUAAGUGGCUUGAUGAGUUAUAAACAACCAUGUAUUUUCUACCAGCAAUGAUUGCAUGCAUGAACAACUGAAUUGAGGGUUUCCACAGUUUCUGAGGCAACUGAUUAGUCCUAGAGUAUCCUUUUAAGGGCACAGGUUUAGACUGCCUGAAGCAAAAAGGAACUUGGAGGGAGAGGUCAAUAGAAAAUUGCAGAAUACCAGCCAGCUUUCUGGGCUUUGGAGUAAUCCUUAAUUACAGUUUUCUAGGUUAAAUAACAGUAUCGCACGAAGACACAACAUUUAUGUCACACACUGUCUUACUGCCUGAUGAGUAUUUCAUGCAUUGUUCCAUAAUAAAAGCUUGAGCCAA